CGUAGAUUCCUCCAAGCCUGGAUCCGGUUAACCAAAGUGCGAAUCGUGGUCCAAAAUGUCGUAAGACAAAGAGGCCACUUGAACUUGCUAAAGCGCAUGCACAGUCGCAUAUCGGACUCCUUGUUGUUACGGUUUGUCAAGUCAGUGACCUAUCCGUAUGAUCGUAGAACAUAUCAAGCUAUAGCCCUUUCUUCAAAGGGGAAAGACCUAGUUCUUUCUUUUCAAAAAAGUGGAAAAGGUGGGUAGAUAGAUAAAAGAUAGAUAGAUAGAUACAUAGAUACAUAGAUCGAUGGAUGGAUGAAUACGCGACUUAGCGGAUAGAUUCUACCUCGUGCAAAAUGAGAUAGGUCAACUUGAAGCCCCUAAUAUCAAGAACAAAUUGUUUAAGCGGUCUGUUUUCGCGGUUUAUCUUGCUCCCACAUGACCAUCCUGAGCUUUCGGACCGACAAGAGCAGGCGAGGAGGUACUUGAUGGAUCUAGACGACGAGAUUGGCGCUGUGGGUGGGUCAAACUUAAGGCGAGGACUUCGAAGAAGGGUAGUGUUAAAUGUAAAAAUUAACAAGAAAGUACUUAAGUACUAGUACUGGGAUCAUUUGAUGAUGAUUCAAAAAUACUCACACAGAUACAGCAAGACUACAGACAUAGUGUACAGGGUGAGGCUUGUGUCAUCCAGCGGUAUAUAUUACAGCAAGACUUUUCUCAUCUAAACAACGAACACCACUCCCGGCAAGCUAUGACACGACAACGGGUGAAAAGCGACAUCCUGGAAUGGCAGGCCGUUCUGCCUACUAUGCAACAGAUUAGGAAGAUAAACUUCUUUUAAGGCCUUGCCGGAUCCAUCUUCAGAAGCAUCUUCUUUCUUGUUUGAGCGAAGCUAUCCCACGAGGGAGGGGAAAGAAGGACCAAGAUGCCUCUCAAGACGGAUAAGGGUUAGCUCGAAUUCCUUUACCUCCGACAAUUAGGAAUAUCUCCAGCACACUUUAGCGCCAAUGGCCAGGAUGCGAACGACUACACACGACAAUGGUUGCGGACAGAAUACGACAGCACCACCGCAAAGAUGAGCAUUGAGGGAGAUUUUUUGCAGAGAUACAUGUUGGAGUUAUGACCACGAUGGGUUUGGAUUUCUUGCGUUGUUGUGCUUGUGAGGACCUUGCUACGCCAACGCCUAGAAACAAGGAUGACAGGAUCUCCUCCUCCUGUGUUGCUAAGUUAUUACGACAGGAGAUUCUGUCAUCCUUAAUACUUCUAGAAGGGAGUGGCGCGCAGUUUCCGUAGCUCUUUCCGAAGCAUGACCUCUUUGUUUCCAAGUUGGUUUUCUUUCUUUGUCUCGUCCACGACCACACCCAUCUUCCCUCUAAUCCAAGGCAUCACAGCAAAUCACGAAAACAUUCCUCUGCUGCCUGCUGACGAACUCCGGAGGUUGGAACUGCAAGGGCUUACUAGAACGAGUACCUCGACGUCUGCUGCGGCCGCACAAGAAGAAAAAGGUCCUCCAGUUUCUAUCAGUCAUCAAACUUCGAUGCUGAGAGCAGGACACAAAUUCAACCCUUUUUUGUUUUUUUCUGAUGUGGUAGUACGCCAAGAAGCUGUCAGGCCUGAAGCAAAUCAACAGAUUGGAGAUGGGUUUUUGAUUGGAGCAAGCGGCGUAGUGACAGCCAGUGAGGUGGAUUCGAAGACAUCUUUGAACCACAAAGAGAAACACCAAGUCCCUGCCGUGGAGCGUUUCUGGCGUCGGCCACCUUUGAUUCGAGAUAUCGAGACUGGGAGACGACAUAGUUGGCGCGAACAAUUGUUUGAGAGGAGGUAUUUCCCAAGCUGGGAUGGCCAGGACCAAACGUGGUACGUUAACGCGAGUAACACACGGAUGGAUCCGAACAAUGUUAUGGUUUUUGGUCGUUGAUUCGUAGAAGAUCGUAGGAAAUUCUUGGAUUUAGACACGACACUUUAGUUAUUCUGAUCCCCAAAUUAUGGGCAAAAUAAUUAGUAUAAGAAAGGCUUACUGGUCAAUGUGGUUACAAUGUCAACCAUAAGCAAGACCAGAAAGGAUGUAGUUGUAGUUAAAGACCGAUCAUGUUCACUCUACUUCUACUUCACUCCCACGACCUUCUAAGAACCGGCGUUGCUUCGACGAUGUUCCUCCAGCAGAGGAAAGCAUCCAGGUCGAUGACUCCUUCUUGACAACUUUGGUCCCCUUGUCGAACCUAGUUAAGGCUCGUAGUAAUCCAACAGCUUUUCUAACUAAGUGGAUUGACGACCCAACAGCACUCAAGUGGCCUAAUAUCCUUACAUCGUAAAAGGGGAAAAGAGCAGCCCCCUGUUGUACAGGAACAGGGUUGGCUAUAUUACGGUCUUUAUCUACUUUAUUACACGUAUCCCUAUCCUUUGCUUAGAGGGAUACCUACAACACGCAUCCUUUAUGUACAGGGCACACACAUGAUCCAGAUCCUGUGCAGGGAUAGAUAAAUCUGAUUAGGAGUACUUUGUACCUGCUCUAAUCUCGAAGUUCGAAUGCAAUGCUCUUAUCCGUUAUUACGCGUUCCAGCUUGUUUGUUGGAGAAGGAGCGUUUGAAAUACUUCAAGGAUUUGCUUGAGAGUGCUAGCUUCAAGGAAGCAGUAAGAGUCACCGCGAAAAGGAGAUGGAGGGAACAGAUGUUGCCCUAUCUUCAAGGAGCUCAUACGGAUGAAAGCGUCACAAUUGAAGCGGGGACACCUAGUAAACCACUACCAAAUUUCGUUGGCAAAGCACUUAGACAUGGGUUAGGACUGCAGCAGUCGUGGACUGAAUUCUUCCAACAUAGAGGACAAGAUCAGCAUCAGUCUCAACUACCUCUUCAUCUUCUGAACAAGAAAAUCGAAGAUUACCAAACAGCAAGACGGAAUUUGUUGCAGUUCGAGUUCCACGAUGAGACUUGCCUGACGCACUACGACUGGAUCGUGUACUUGUUGCGCAAGCUCCACCACGAACACAAUAGUAGAGAGACCGGAAACACCUUUAGGAAGUCGAAGUUACAAGCAAUCUCAGUAGGCGUCUUUCGUGCAGCGGUGGAGACCAGAGUGCUACAAGACCCAGUAGUCGGUGAAGAGAUCUACUUCCACCUGGUAGAUCCUUGGCCGACGAAAGAUCGGAAUAUACCAGGGCUUCAGGAUUGGCGCAAUGCACAAGCUGGAGGAUCCUUGGCUUUAUGCUAGAUCAUGAAGGAUGUGCUUGUACUGUGAGUCCCCGUAUAUGUUUUAGGGCUGCACGGUGCCCCCUCUCUGGUGUGGUGGCGCGCGCGCGCGCUUUUUAGCGCUGAGCUUCGCGGAUUCUAGUGGUGGAAGGCGUCAAAAAAUGGCGCGGGCGUCCCCUUGCGCCUCUCUGGAUGUUCCUUCGGGACCUCUUGGCCUCUGCUGACCCUCGCAGGCGGGAGGCCUCCGGGGUAAAGGGCCGCCGAAGGCGGCCACGGCCUCAAGGUCAAGAGCAGGCAAGCCGAUGACCAAGGGCCUGGAGGGUACAGGCCGCACGGCUCAGGGGGUCCAGCCCUUCGCCUUUUGCCGCCUUCGGAGGCCUUCGCAACCGGCUCACUGCUGCGGCGGCGAAGUAUAUAGGACACCGGCGGCACCUGGAAGGGUGAAGCGGAGCGCGUGGCAGCGGCGCGGCGCGAGCGAGCCCACCAAGAGCGUGCGCGGGAAAACUGCCGGAGAGGAAGGCCGCGGAAAAAAAAGGCGUCGGGCUUGUCUUGCUUGUGGGUCAGGGUGGUAGCUGAAAAGCUGCAACCCAUGGACGCAAGGUAGCGCGACAGCUGAGGCGCUUCGCAGGGGCCGGCCACGUCCGGCGGAUCGCAUCCCCGCCUGAAGGCUGCCGAGCGGGCUCUCUUGGGGGUGAGAGAGUUGAAAAAAACAGCAAAGGCAGACACCGCGACGAAAACAGGCCGCGCCACGAGUGGCAUGCUGGUGGUGCCUCGUCCGUUUUUUCAUUUCUUGCGUUUUGGCACGCAGCUAAAGACAUGACAACCAACGCAGAGCCAGCAGCACGCGAAGACCCCGAGCCCGAUCGAAGUGCCAGCCGCAAGGGAGUCAACUGGGGCGCCUCGGGCAGCUGCUGGCGGUCUCUGUCAAUCUGGGGGCGCGCUUGUUGCUGAGGAGCGGAGGCGAGACGAGCCCGCCAGGCAACGGCAACAGAAGCGACGGGAAAAGCUGAGGGCUGUCAUGCCUGCGGAAGGCGUAGCAGCAUCAAGGAGAGGCGAAGCGGUCGCAAGACAGGAGCGGCCCAAGAGAGGCGCAGCAUGGGUGACAAGGUGCUAGCUGAGAGAGGCAAAAGGAGACGAAGAAGAAGGCGGAGGAGCAGCAAAAAACCGCGAGCAAGGGAAAGCAAACCGCGAAAAAUCGGGAGCGGACUCGCGGGCUCUGAAGCAGGUGAAGAAGGUGGCCAAGGAGCAGGGGCGCCCUGGCGGUCUGCGAUCGUCUUGAGCGUGAUGCGCAGGGGCAAGGCGGGCGCGCAUUCUAUGCGUUCGCUUACUUCGUUUGCUUUUUCGUGACGUUAGGGUGGGGGCCUUCUUGUAGCUGGUCACGCAGCUAACUCGCGCAAUGUGCUUCGCCCCCUCACGUGUCACGCGGCGGCGCGUGGUCCGUGGAUCUUUGGUCGCUCUCUGGGUCUUUGGUCGAUCCGUGGAUCUUUGAUCGAUCCGGGGUUCUUUGAUCGAUCCGUGGACCUUUGGUCGUUCCGGUGAUCUUUGGCCGAGCGAUCUGGUGUGGGUCUUUGAUCGAUCCGCCGGCCUUUGAUCGAUCCGCCGGUCUUUGAAGGUCGACCCGCUGUUCUUUGAUCGAUCUGCGGACUUUUGAUCGAUCUGCGGACUUUUGAUCAAUCUGCGGGUCUUUGAUCGAUCCGCGGGCCCUUGAUCGAUCCCCGGGCCCUUGAUCGAUCCCCGGCUCCUUGGUCGACGUGGAUCCGUGGAUCUUUGAUCGAUCCGUGGAUCCUUGAUCAGUCCCCGAAUCUUUUGUCGAUCCGUGGGUCUCUGGUCGAUCCGUGGGUCCUUGGUCGAUCCGUGGUUCACUGAUCAAGCCACGGGUCCCUGGUCGAUCCGUGGGUCUCUCUUUGAUAUGUCCGCGGAUCACUGAUCAAGCCGCGGAUCCCUGACCAAUCCGCGGAUCACUGUUCAAUUCUUUCCCGGAUCCCGGACCAAUCCGCGGAUCACUGGUCGAUCCGUGGGUCUUUGAUCAAUCCGCGGAUCCCUGACCCAUCAGCGGAUCACUGAUCAGGCCCCGCGUGACUGAUCAAUCCGUGGAUCGCUGACCAAUCCCCGGGUCGCUGAUCAAUCCCCGGAUCGCUGACCAGUCCCCGGACCACUGACCAGGUCCCGGAUCACUGAUCAAGCCCCGGAUCACUGAUUGAUCCACUGACCACUGCGCGAUCCGUGGGUCGCGCGUCACGCGUCAAAGAAGAGCAAGAAGCCCACCCUUUUAAUAGGGGGGCUACGCGGUGGGACUAAUGUGGACAGCUCUACGGCGUUCGGUCCACCUUACGGCGCACCCCCUACGCUCGGGGGGGGUGCCGUAGCCCUGAGCCCUGGGCCAUAUAUUGAUACUUAUAUAUAGGCACUACUUCCCUGAGUGGCCUCGUUCGUAGAUACGAAUUUCUGGGGGGGAGCCUCCACCCCUGGAACAUAUUUAUAUAUAUAAGAGGCGCCAUGUUGGCAUGGCGUUAGCAUAGUCAUGAUAGGCCACCUGCCUCUCUCGUCAUCCUUCUAAUAUUCGGUUAUUUCGAGCAAGGCCUGUGUGGUGGUGACGCCGCUUGUGCCGCUUUAGCUGUUAAGUAUCUACGCGAAAGCCUAGGCGAGGGGAGAAGUCUCGCUAUAGAAACUUUUUCUGGAGUAGGAAGUCCGUCUUGGCCAGAGUGUGCAGCUUCGGGAGGUAGUGGUGGUGGAGAAGACCACACGGCUCCUUCUGCAAGCAGUACUGCGACUUUUCUAGCACAGCAAGAAAGCAAGAUAUUCAAUUUCUGUGGCUUUGCGGAUGCUAGAGCUUUGUGGGCAGCUAACGCUUUCUAUACGAAUACGCGAGACGUUAGUACGGAAGAUUAAGGCACCGGUAUCAGCAUGGUUUCGCAGCUUUAGGUACCCUAGUGAUCAUUUGUAGGUUUGGUGUUGACGACGUCGAUUUCGCUAGCCUACAACCUGACCUUAACAUCACUGGUUAGACACGUUGCUAAAAAAGUGACGUUUGAUGACGACAUUGUUGGUUUCGCUAGUUUCUGGUGCGUUUGGCUACUGAAUGCUUCUAAUCAAAAUGGUGCGUGGCUCAUUUCCUGGAUCCUGUCCGCAUGGCUGAGCGGCAAAACGGUAACGGUUGCAGUAUGGAUAGUGAUUUUUGUCGAGUACGGCGUCAGGAUUGCUACACUAUGGCUAUGGAGGUCGAAGAAAUGCAACCACAAACUUCUGGUGAAAAUCUUCAAAAUGCACAUGAAGAUCUUCUUCGUCAAGGAGAUGUCCUGUCCGUGGAGAGGCGGUUUCAAGCGAGACAAAGGCAGAUAAUCCAGGACAGAGGUGAUCCAAGGCAUUUCCAAGUCUUGCAGGAAUUCGCGCAAGAUAUUCCGGAUUUUUAUGACGAAGAAUUUGGCUAAAAACAACAAAAACGACGUACACAGCCUGCUAGGUCUGUAACUGUAACUGUUUCAGUGAGCCACAUUUUCUCAGACGACACACCGAUCAGACGAUACCAUGCUCCCCACCCGAACAGCAUGGCCCCAACCACUAAUCCAACUAAAUAAAGCCAUUCUAACUUCCCUUUGCAGACAACGGCGCUGACUUCAUCUUUAUCGAUGGCGAUCAUUCGGAACAUGGCGUUCGGCAGGACUUGGAACACUAUUUCUGGAAGGUGAAGAAACCAGGUGGCAUUCUCGCAGGACAUGAUUUGGGUUACGGCAUGGUUGAGGCUGUAGAAGAAGUUGUCAACGAUGAACACAAGCAUCCUAAUCUUUCGAAUGCGUAGAAGAACAGAAGUCUAGAGGAUGGAGUCUCAAGAAUUGUUGUAGUUCAAUGGAUGAGUAUCUCCAUGAUGUUGCACGGCGACGGCCAAGACAGGACUUGUUAAAUGAAUCUCAUCAGUGGUCGUGCAGUAGUACAACGCAGUCCCACCUCUUCUUUCAGUUUGUAUGGUUCUGGUAUUUUUGGUAUAGCCUGAAUUUGAUCCUAAGGGUUCUCUUCUUGUUUUCCCUUAUGAUCAAACUCAGGUUACCAAAUACCGGAACCAUUCACAGUUUCCGCUCGUUCUCGUAAUGAGCCUCUAACCUCAGCUGUUCACCUUUCCAGGGAUGGGUCACGGCGUUCUGGACUUCUUUGAGGAGUUAUUGAACGGGUACUGUGCACUAAGUGGAGACGGCACGGCCGCGAUUUUUGGGAACCGCCUUGAGGUCUUGGAACCGUAUUGCAAAACGGGUUUGCGUAUGCACAUCUCCAGCGACUACGUCUAUUGGAUUCAGUUUUAGAUGGUAUUGAUGUACAAGGUGACUGAACAAGAAUGUUGCAUCCACCGUAUUGUGAGAGUGGCCAGAAGUAUAGCAGGGACAGCAACAUGCUGUGUAUUCUCCUACCUUUUUCUAGAUUUAACAACAUUUCGACCUUAUCUCUGUACGUAGCAACAUAGCAUGGCUUUUUCUUGUUCUUUUUUCUCUCUUUUCAUCUAGCUUUGAGCAUUACUUAUAGAAGCCGUCAGGGACGAAAUCUUAGGCAAGUCGCCGAGUAGAUUCACGCCGCCACUACUUACGCAGGCACUGACAUUAUGUUCGUUAUCAGGAGAAGUGCUCCCUCUUUGCACUUUUUUCACAGUAGGUACUAUCUUUUUCUUGACACACAGAAACGCAGUAAUUUGAGUAGAUAACGCAUUAUUUUGAAGUUCUUUCAUCACAGAGAAGUGUCUGCUGUUAUCCUAAGUGAGCAACAAGCACCAAAAACCGAGAAACUGAGAUGAAGACCAGAAUGUACAAUGCUUGUGCGCCUUUCGAGGAGUUGUGUUGACGACCUGAGAAAGGGUUGCUGUGGGUAAGAGAAUCGGCGAUGGC